CGGUCAUUCAGUAAACAAUACAGUUCCCAGCCGACACCAUUAAUAAUAUGUUUCUUUUUAUAAUAGUGUGUUUAUGUUGUUUCGUUCAUCAAGUUAGACCCCAUGGUGAAUUGACAUUUUACGAAUGUGCUACCACCGAGGCGAGUUCGUGCACCCCAUCAUGUUGGAAAGAGAAACGUUUCGUGGUGCCACGAUCACUGAAAGUGGUAAACAGAGACUUGUUCACGCAGUUCCCCGACUUGGUGGAUAUUGCCGGUUCCGGUGGUCAAAUACAGGAAAUCGAACGUGACAGCUUCAAGGAAUUACCAAACUUGCAACGCAUUUUUUUGGGUGGUCAGAACUUGAAAAAGAUACCUUACGGAGUUUUUAACGACCUGCCUGUGAGACAGAUUUAUUUGGCUGCUAAUUAUAUUGAGUUGAUUGAAACGGAAGCGUUCAGUUGUCCGAAUCUGUUUUCGUUGUUUCUGGAUAAAAAUCGAAUUGAACACUUCGAUACCAGUUGGUUUCCGGAGGAGGGUUUGCCCAAUUUGCUGUCUAUAUAUCUACAUCACAAUAAAAUACGGGCAAUCAGUAGGAAAGCUUUUUAUAAAUUUUCCAAUAUUUCCUACAUCGAUUUCAGUUUUAACUUCAUUGAAUACAUUUCUAAUGACAUAUUCAAAAAUACGGAGUCUCUUAAACUGUUUGAUUUAUCCUUUAAUCGCUUAACAACAAUUAGUGCUGAUAGUUUUGUAGGAUUAAAAUAUGUGGAAAAAUUAGUGCUAUCUUUUAAUUUAUUAAAGAAAUUAAAUUUAGAUAUGUUCAUAAAGUCAAACAUCAAAAGUGUUUGUUUAACUCCGAAUCCGUUCAAGUGUUCUUGUUUAGUGAAAUAUGAGCAGUUCUUACUCAAGCACAAAAUUGAGUCGAUCACGCCAAAAAAUUAUCUGCAUGGAACUGAUUUCAGCAUAAAAUAUCAAAUGCCGAUUAAAAAUAACUCAAAUGAAUUACCUAUUUGUUUACAUGUUGAAGGAGAUUGUGAUGAAGAUGGAGUGUAUAAUGGAAAACUUGAACUUGUGUUCCACGAAACAUAUAAUUUAAUUAAUAAAAAAUGUAAAUUAGAUAGUGAUUGUUCAAAAGGACUGAUAUGCAAGUCUGAUUAUUGUUGGUCGCUUGUAAACGACAUUUAUAUUAAAGACGACCAGUACCUCUAUUGGGGAUUUCUUGGCCUAAAGUAAAACUAAUAUUUUUUAUUAUAUUUGUACAUAUGUAUUUUUAUUUAUAAAAAUAAACUUUUU